UUUUUACCGCAUCCUCGCCGGCUCUGUGUGUCUCCUCCGGCUGCUGCUGCUGCGCGUUACUGCACACCGGAGCAGAGGAGCAGCGAGGAGGUCAGGAGAGGAGGACACGCUAUGAUAGUGGAGGAAUUUUAGUGGCGGAGACAAGGGAAGGAGGACCGGAGAGGACCGGGCCAGUCGGAGCAGCUACAGCGGUCAGUGGGGGCGGAGGGCGGUCAUGUUGGGACGGGGACUCUGGGUCUGUAAAGCCCGGUUCGGUAAGCGGGGCAGCAGGCUGAGCGUGGUGCCGUAUCUGUGCGCGGCCAUAGCAUGCGCAACGCUGCUGGCUUUGUUCUUUGUGGACUUCAUCGAGCUGUGGGUCACCUCCAUGAGCAUGAACACCGUGGUGGAGCCCCACGCCGCUAUCAUCCCCCCGCAGAGCGUGCCCCCCACCAGACCCGAGGAGUUCCUGCUCAUGCCCAGCCCGCUGGUGUGCCAGCGUGCCAAGCCUUUCCUCAUCACCAUGGUUACCUCGGCUCCCGCAAACCAGAGGGCCCGCCAAGCCAUCCGGGACACCUGGGGAGGAGAGGUGGAGGUGAGGGGCCUGCGGGUCAUGACCCUCUUCAUGGUGGGGGUGGCGUCUGACCCUGGACUGGCCAAGCUGCUGAUCGAGGAGGCCAGAGAGCGAGGGGACCUGAUCCAGGGCCGUUUUAUGGAUACCUACUCCAACCUCACCCUGAAGACCCUGUCCCUGCUGGGCUGGGCCCGCCGCUUCUGUCCUCAGGCUCACUUCAUGGCCAAGGUGGAUGACGAUGUCCUGUUCAACCCCAGCGCCCUGCUGCACUUCCUGAACAAGAGCCGUAACCCCUAUGAACAAGGAGACUUGUACCUGGGCAGGGUGCAUCUACGCGUGGCCCCGGACCGGGACCCGGACAGCAAGCACUACCUCCCCUCGGGGGCCUACCCUCCUUCUGUGUUCCCAGACUACUGCAGUGGUACGGCCUAUGUCCUGUCCCGCUCUGCACUGCUGAAGAUCUCCCUGGCAGCCUCUGCCUCCCCUCUAUCCACCCCUCUGCCCCCCGAGGAUGUGUUUGUGGGUCUGUGUGCCCGGACGGCCGGAGUGCUGCCCUCCCACUGCCCCCUCUUCUCUGGGGGCCCGGCUGUGCCGUACGGGCGCUGCUGCUACCAGGCCAUGGUGUCCAUCCACCACAUCCCCCCCAGGGAGAUGCUGCACUACUGGGCUGAUGUCCACAGCGCGCACCCCUGCUCCUGGCUGAGUCUCCGCGCCUCUCUGGGGCUCUGCAAGGUCCGGGCCAUGCUGGGGACGGUGCUGGGGCUGGAGCAGGGCUUGUGAGAAGGAAAACUGGACUCAUUAAGGGGCUGUGCCUCGCUUCAAUACUGUGAACAGCACAAGUGCUCUUCAGGCUGUGAAGCACUGAAAAAAAAUGUCACUUUAUUUUUAUAGCUUUAUUUUUUUAAACACGAUAUGUAUUAAACUGGCUUUUUUUGCACACACACACAGAAGAAAGAGGAUGAUCCGCUGGUUGUAUGAAGAAUUGUCACAUAGUCUUUAAGCUCUCCUUAGACUGUUACAGCAUCUUUCAUUAUUACACAGAUGUAUUACAAACACUAGCAUGCUGAUAGUAAACACGGUAAAGGAAAUAUAGCUGCUUAUGUGCUGAAUGCAUACUAGAACAAGUAUUUCUAGUAACACACUGAGUCUGAAAUUUAAAGGACACUACCUUCAUAUUUAGAACACCUGUGUAGUCUCUCGCCAGGUACUUCAGCUGUAGAUGCAAGUCUAUUAAGAUGCUCCAAUGCAUGACGCUCCAAACAACAGUACUAAAAUAGAUAUCAAACCACAGGCUUCAUAUACCCAGUAGGACGGAAGUCAUACAAAUAAAUGUUUAUUUGCAUUUUAUGUUCAAAACAGAACAAUUAUCACAGCAGAUGUAUCCAAUAUUUAACAUCUGCAUAUUCAGUAUUAAUAAUGAUGAUAUGUGCAACCGGUCAUUAGCUGGAGAGUUGAAACUGGAGACAGGGAGAUUUAAUGCCCAGUAUCCGGAGAAGACAGCAGAGAAAUUGAAUCUUCUGUCUGUGGAGGCUUGGCUCUCUCAUAUCAACUACCAUCAGAAAUAUAACCACGACACCAUGAAACUGUGUGAUGCACAGAUAUGUUCCCACGGAGUUGUAGUUCUCAUUCGGUGUAUACCAUUAGUUUCUCUUCCUCUUCAUAUUAGUUCAGUCAUGAGGUUUAUAACACUUAAAGAAUACUCGGUUAACAUCUGUCAUUUUUAAUUGUUUAUAUGUAAAACGUUCACCCUUAAGCCAAGAUUUAGUCUCUUACCAGGAACCCAAGAGUUAAAAACACUCGUUCUGGUUGAUCAUUUUUCAACCUUGAGUAAUUGUUUUUGAUAAACUGUCACAUUGUUGGGAGGAAAAAGAAGUUAUUAUGUUGGCCAUUGGAGUCUAAAAACAUCUCAACAACUAAUUUCUAAUGACAGAAACAAGGGAAAGUUUGUGCGUUCUGGUUUCUUAUCUCAAAUACAUCAUUUGAAUAUUGUCGUUAGUGUAAAACCCAAAAGCUGUGUGUGUGUUUUAUCCUUAAGAAUAGGAAUGUAUUUUUUAGUGGGUUGCUACAGAAAGCAAAUGGCAUCAUGUGUGGCUAUAAAGUUGCUUCACUAUGAAGCAAAAGGCACAUUUUCUCUGCAGAGUGUGUGUCUGUGUCCUCCUCCGCAAAAUGUACUUAUUUAAUUGUAUUAAUAAAGAUCAUGCAUCAAGAAUAUUUGUUUAAUGAGAAUCAUUUUAACUAUUUAAGGUUGAAGAGUUAAAGCCACCACAUAGGAUUUAUUACCUUUCUCUGUAAUAGUGAGAUUAAACAUACGGUAUGUGUUUUCAGCAGGAGUGUCCGGACAGAGAACACUUAAAAAUAAAAGAUAGUAUUAAGAUAAAGCCUCACACCUCCACCUACAAUGCAAACAGAGAGAAGGCCAGUGUGGUAACACUCAGGAAAUGUAUGUGUGAGUCAAUUUCAGUCACGAAUAAACCGCUCUGUGUCUAAUCUUCAA